AUGUCCAUGGAAAUUGACAAUAAUGGGAUAGCCAAUGCGGGUUGGUCGCCCUGGAAUCCCGAGAAUGAAGAAAGCCUGUGCCAAAGGUUGCUAAAAGAAGCGAUGGACCACCGAAAAUUUGACAUCAAUAUUGGAUUGUAUCUUGUUCAUGGUUGUUGGAACCAGCAAAUUGCAAGGCAAAAAGAUACGACCGUGCAAGCUCUGCUUGGAAAGUUGGCAUCACCAUCAAUACCCAAGAACAGCGAGUACAUAAAAGGGAGACUGGAGAUAGAGUUUGAAGCAGAAGGAGACAUCGAAGCUUGCUUGGACUCCAAGCUUCCUUGUCCUCCUCAAGAUCUUCCAGCAGUGCUAUUUUAUAUUCACAAAACGUCCAUGAAGGCCCCGGUUUUCCAAUAUCUAUCUUCCUUGAGCGCAAAACAGAUAGGGAGCUAUUUCAAAGGCGGGUCACUAGACUUUCUUCAUGCUGUCCAUCAGGAAUUGAACGAAAAUCUUCAAAAGUACGGAGUGCCUCCUACUAUCCCUCGUCCUUUGUCAUCUGAUAACGCGGACGGCUCUGGUGCGCUUCGACUUUUCAUUGCGGGUGAUCGCAUGUCAGUCGGAAAGACUAGUGUUUGUUUGGGUAUCUUGGGCAACCUAGUGGCCUUGGGAUAUCCAGUCGAAUCGCUGGCGUACAUCAAGCCUGCCACUCAAAAUGAAUCGCCUCAGCUGGUCCAAAAGUAUUGCGAACGCAUGGGUAUUGACUGUGUUCCCAUUGGACCCAUUGUUUACUAUCGCGGUUUUACGCGGGCCUUUCUCGCUGGAGAGACAGAAUCCUCCGCCGAACUCUUGGCCAAGGUAGAAGUGAAAGUAGAUGAGGUGGCGAAAGGAAAGAAGAUUGUGAUUGUGGAUGGAGUUGGCUUUCCUGCAGUGGGAAGUAUUUGUGGGACCGACAAUGCUUCUGUCGCAAGAGCGUCUGGUCCUCUCGAUCCAUUGUCGGGCAAGCGAAUACCAGCACCAGCUUUGGUCGUUGGUGGAAGUGGUGUUGGUGGGGCAGUUGACGCCUACAAUCUGAAUGCAACCUAUUUAGAAGGAGCGAAAGUCCCAGUCAUUGGAGCCUUGUUCAAUAAACUCAACUUGGAAGGAUUUUAUUCCUUGGAGAACUGCAAACAGCAAAUCUCGUUGUAUUUUGCAACGAAUGGCCAUCAACAGAGACAUGGUAGAAAAGCAUUUGGCUUUGUACCCCUUCAUGACUCAUUAGCAACGUCGAAUCCUCUGGAGCACGUAGACGAAUACAUUAAGGUGUUUGGAGAGCACGCUGAUAUAAGUGGGAUCAUUCAAGCCGCGCAAGCAAAAGUCAACGAAUACUUCACCACGGAUGCUUCGAGCAGGGUUGCGUCAAACGAAGAGUCAAAUACGACGCACGCCUCCAAACGUCAAAAGUUGGUAAACGGUCAAUCGGCUUCACGGACUCGAGCCGAAAUUGAGAAAGCAGCCAUAUCUGCUGGCGCUGCUCCAUCAGCGUGA